AGUGACAUUGUUCCAACAUAUCUUAACUAUUUAUUGGAAUUGACAUUUGUGAUUGGAAAUUAUUUUUUUUCAAACGAAAUAGUAAAAGAAAAUUUAAAAUUUGAAAUGGCUAAGUUUUUAGGCCUUGAUAAAAUUGCAUAUUUGUUUCGUGUAGUAAAAGAAACUGGAGGGAUUAGAAGUGCUUUAUAUAAACUUUAUAGAAUGGAUGAGCUUAAAAUAGGAGCAUUAAGAGGAAUAGAUAAAUAUGGUAACAAAUAUUAUGAAAACAAUCGGUUCUUUUUUGGAAGAAACCGCUGGAUAGAAUAUGCUCCUAAAUAUGGAACUGAUUAUGAUGCUAGCCAGAUACCAGCAGAUUGGUAUGGAUGGAUGCAUUACAAAACUGACUUAAUACCAAGUGAAGAUCCAUCUAGACCUAAAUACAAGUGGAUGCUGGAUCAUACUGAAAAUCUAACUAAUACUCCUGGACAAUUUAUUCCUUAUUCAACUACUAGGCCAAAAAUAGAACCUUGGGUACCCCCAAAGUCAUCUUGAGAAGUUAGAAUUAGCAAUAUGAACUGUAGCGAUUGAAGAAAAUAUAAUAUAUUAGUAUUUGUACUAAACUAA